AUGACGGAUGAAUCAAUAGCUUCCAUUGACGAACAGGAACCAGAGCUUCCACCACCUCCCCCAGUUACCCUAAAGGAAGUAUUCGUUCUAGAACAUGAGGAUAGUCCAGAUUCUUCAGUAUCAGGAAGUUCGGAUGAAGAAAGAAAAACAGACAAACCAAGAGCUGAUAUUCCUCCAGAAUACUGGCAUAUACAAAAACUAAUAAAAUAUUUGAAAACUGGGAAUCAAACAGCUACAGUUGUAGCGCUUUGUUGUUUAAGAGAACAUGAUUUGACGACAGAAACUAGUCAAUUGGCAAUACAAGAGAUAGGUGGUUUGGAGAUCCUUAUUAACUUACUUGAAACAAAGGACUUAAAAUGCAAGUUAGGAGCUUUAGGUGUACUAUCAGAAAUAUCAACAAACGUGGAUACAAGAAAAUCUAUUGUAGACUUAGGAGGUGUGGAACUUCUAGUACAGAAUUUAGCGGAGCCAGCAAGAGAUUUACAAAUACUAGUAGCUGAAACUAUCUACAAUGUAGCUCAAAUACGAAAAGCUAGAAAGCAUAUCAGAAAAUGUAAUGGUAUACCGCGUUUGAUUGAUUUUUUAGAUGUUAAGGAAUCGUUAUUGAAAACGCCAAAAGAUCAACUGAACGAAUACGAUACGGAACAAGUGAAUAUAGCAAGAGCGGCUGCAAGAGCGCUCUGGUCAGUUUCGAAAAGUAGAAAAAAUAUACGGGUUAUGAUGAAAAGUGGAUCCGUACCGUUACUAGCUAGAUUAUUAAAAUCUGAUCACAUGGAUGUAGUAGUUCCUACAAUAGGAACUAUUUCUCAAUGCGCUGUGGAUCCAAGUUAUCAGUUAGCUAUCCAGACUGAAGGUAUGAUUAAAGACAUGGUCCGUCAUCUUUUUUCAGAGGAAUAUCCAGCUCUUCGAAGAUAUUGUUCAGAAACUAUUUUCAGAUGUGGAGAGAAUGCAUUGAUCAGAGACAUGGUUAGGGAAUCUGGUGGCUUAGAUCCUUUGGUGAGAAUGGUGAGGGAUCCAAAGACUAAAGAAGAUAAACCACUUUUGGCAGCUGUAACCGGUGCAAUUUGGAAAUUGGCUAUAAGUCCGCAAAACUUGGAAAGAUUUGAUCAAUUGAAAACAGUAGAGAGUCUGGUGACUCUUCUUGAGAACGUAGAAGAAGACGAAGGUGUUUUGAGUAACGUAGUUGGAGCGUUAGGUGAAUGCCUGAAAUUCGAACAUAACAGAUAUACACUUUUAAGAGCGAACGGUAUACCUCAUUUGGUAAACCUAUUGAAUUACACGUAUCCUCCUUUGUUGGAAAACGUACCUAUGGUAUUACGAGAGUGCGCCGAAGAUUACGAUUCUAUGAGAGUAAUAGAAGAUUUGGAUGGCGUGAGACUUAUCUGGUCGUUACUCAGAAAUGAUUCCCAUAAGGUUCAAGCCAACGCGGCUUGGUCGCUAGUACCCUGCGUGAGAAACGCUACCGAUUCUGGAGAAAUGGUUAGAUGUUUCGUUGGCGGAUUAGAACUCAUAGUAAAUCUGUUGAAAUCUAAUGAUAAUCAUGUUCUGGCAUGCGUUUGUGCAGCAGUAUCUGAAGUGGCCAAAGAUAUCGAGAAUUUAGCUAUAAUGACAGAUCAUGGAGUAGUCCCAUUAUUGGUAAAUUUGGUUAAUACAGACGAUGUCGAGUUGAGACAACAUUUAGCUUCUGCAAUCGCCUACUGUUGCGCUUGGGGUACUAACUGCAAAAUGUUCGGCAGACUUGGCGCUAUAACCCCUUUAGUCCAAUACAUGGCAGAUGAUGAUCGUAACGUUCACAGAACGACAGCUCUGGCUCUUUUCCACCUUUCCAAAAAUCCUUUCAAUUGCAUUACAAUGCACGAAAGCGGCGUAGUGACAUUUUUAUUGAAAGCUGUAUCUUCCACUGAUUACGCGUUGCAGGAAGCUGCAGCUGGAUGUUUGGCAAAUAUCAGAAAAUUAGCUUUGGAAGCCGAAACAGUUCAUCUGAUCCGAAAUAAAGGAGAUUCUUCCGAUGAAGAUAAUUGA